AUGCUACAGCAAGUCAGUGCGCAGCUGUGGAGGAGCCAAAAGAACUAUUGCAUGAAACAAGAAAGAAGAGAAGAGACACUGAUCACCAAGUCGGUUUUUGCGACACUUGCGAGCACCUUUGCAAACCUGCAAAAAGGUCGCGACCACAACAUGAGCACAGAGAUGAACAUGGGCCCCGAGCUCCCCAGCAGCCCUCUGGCCCUGGAAUAUGUCAAUGAUUUUGACCUGAUGAAGUUUGACGUGAAGAAGGAAGGCCUGGCCGGGCUGGAGCGCGCUGGCGUGCGUCAGUGUAACCGACUACAGCCCCAGGGCUCGGUGUCGUCCACCCCCAUCAGCACGCCCUGCAGCUCGGUGCCGUCCUCCCCCAGCUUCAGCCCCACGGAGCAGAAGAAUCACCUGGAGGAGCUCUACUGGAUGCCUGGAGGCGCGUACCACCAGCAGGUUGACCCGCAGACGCUGAGCCUGACCCCGGAGGACGCGGUGGAGGCCCUGAUCGGUGCCACGGCGCACGGACACCCCCCUCCCGCACACGUGCAGCAGCAGUUGCAGCAGCAGGGCUUCGAAGGCUACAGAGGUCCACACCACCACCACAACCACCACGGCCACGGUCAGCACCACCACCCGUACGCAGGGGCCAUCCCGCACCACGCUGACGAGCUGAGUGGCCACGCGGGCACGCACAGCCACGCUCACAACCCACACCACCACCACCACAGCCAGGACCCGGACAGCCCGUCCCCCGUGUCCCCGGAGUCCCACCAGACGCUGCACCACCACCGCCACCACCACCACCAUCACGCGCACGGCUCCGCGCACCUCGGCCAGUCCUCGGGCAUCAACGUGGAGGACCGCUUCACCGACGACCAGCUCGUGUCCAUGUCCGUGCGUGAGCUCAACAGACACCUGCGCGGCUUCACGAAGGACGAGGUGAUCCGCCUGAAGCAGAAGAGGAGAACCCUGAAGAACCGCGGCUACGCGCAGUCCUGUCGGUUUAAGCGUGUGCAGCAGAAGCACGUGUUGGAGAACGAGAAGACGCAGCUCAUAAACCAGGUGGAGCAGCUAAAGGCAGAGAUCAGCCGCCUGGCGAGGGAGCGGGACGCCUACAAACUCAAGUGCGAGAAACUCACAGGCUCCGGGCCCAGCGCCGGGUUCCGUGAGGCGGGCUCCACCAGCGACAACCCCUCCUCUCCAGAGUUUUUCAUGUGA